GCCACCGUCAGGGUAUCGGUGGCUUCCUUCCUCCCAGCGUUAGUUGCCCAGCUGGUCCAUCUCUUGAACUCCGCUGUUGCAGGGAAGUCGGAUUGACCUGCGCUGAGAUUUCGGGGUACGGCAGAGGCGUUGGAGAGAGUUACGGCCAAUGCUGCCCGCAAAAGAAAUCGAAUCAUAUGUGGAAUGCCCUGAAGCUGGACGCCUGGUGGUUCCUGCUGGACGUGUGCUGGGGGGCUGGCCAGGUGGACCUGGCGCAAAAGCAGUUCAUCCGCCGGCAGGAAGACUUUUUCUUCCUCACUAAGCCAGAAGAAUUCAUCCAGAGCCACUGGCCAGAGGAUCCCCGAUGGCAGCUCAUCCACCCUCCCAUUCCCCAGGAGGUUUUCGAAGAAAGAGCUUUCAAAACACCUGAGUUUUUCAAACUUCGUCUCGCCCUCUUGUCUCCGGACACUUCUGUGCUGCAGACAGAUGAAGGGGAAGUCACUGUAUCUUUAGCAAGCACUCAUUCCACCGAGUUCACUUACAAACUCCUGAAGUUCUGCCUGGAUGGUCACCAAGAAGAUGUUGGAAAGUCUCAUGGAUUGCUGACCCGCUCUGAGAAUAGGAUGGACCUCCGAAUCUUCCCACCCUCUGAGGGACUCUUUGGAUUGCAGGUUUUUGCUCGUCCAUCUGAGUCUCAGGAACCGUACGCCUGGGUGUGUUCCCAUCAAAUCGAGUGCCUACAGUUCAAAGGUGAGGAGCAAUUUCCAGAGAAUCCGUUCUCUUUCUGGGGGGUCCAUCCCAAAGCCAAAGAGUUCGGGAUUGAGGGUUGCAAUUGGGGAGAUAAUAUGAUUGUCGCCCACACGGGGGUACAGAAGUUGAUUCUGAAGAUCCAGCGGCCUCUCUUGGCAGCUUACAAACUGGUUCAUCCAAGCUUAGAUGACACAGUGAGCAAACAGUGCCUUCUUUCGCAAACAGAAGAGGAGAAGCUGAGUUGCCACAUCCUUUGCCCUUACGCGGGCCAUUACCGGCUCUCCGUAUUUGUCAAGGGUCUCGUUGAGGAUGAGUUCCACAACGUGGCCAACCUCCUUGUACGGUGCUCCCACCCAGUCAACCUCAACAAACUCUUCCCAUUGGGCCUCAGCCCCCACUGCGGGAUGGGGAUCAGCGCCCAAUGGAGAGGCCUCAGCAAUCCAACCCACCGGGCACCCAUUAUCAGCACAAAAAAGGGAUGUUGCACCCUCGCUUUCUGCACCCAGCAGGGCUUCGAAGCCAUGGCCGUUCUGGACAAGGAUAAAGCAACCUGUACAAAAUAUGCGAUGGAACGAUACGUCCUGAUCACUCACUUGGAAAGAAAGAUGAGCGUUUCAGUCCGAUUACCUGAAGCCGGAUCAUACAGGGUCGCCUUGUAUGGACGGAGUGCUGAAAGCCAGGAAUUCACCCACGUAUGUGAUUAUGUUAUCCACUGCUUCACCACCCCACGGUGGCCACCCUUUCCCAGAGUCUACAGCUUAUGGAGAAGGGGCUGUGUCCUCCUCCGGCCCAGAUCUGGAGUCCUGCAAGAAAAACACUGGGUCAAAUUCCGGAUGAAGGUCCCGAAGGCCUACAGCGUUCAUGUUAUUGGAGAUGCGCGGGUUGACCUGAAACUGGCCCACAGUCACGUGUGGGAAGGAGAGGUGUACACCGGCCUCGCUGGGGCGACGCUCAAGGUAGCAGUCAAAUUGUCCCCAUUGUCCCCAUGCAUGGAGGUCAUCCUUUCGUUUGAUGUUGAAUUCAGUUCUUUGACCGUAGGGGAUUCUUCAGGAUAAAGUCAUCUAAAAUAUUCUGGACUUGGAAGGCCCUCCAGAUUCCAUAAUGCCAAACUCAGAUUUCUUGCAGAAAAAACAGAUGCAAUAGGGAACUAGUAACACAGCUGUAAUUUGUGUAUUAUCCCAGGGAGCUCUUUGCACCCCUCCGUAAUUAACUCCAAGGAUAUGUACGAGUUAUGCCGUCCUGUGUUUGGCAGCUGCGGUGAUUUAUUUCUGGCAACCAGAAAAAAAAAAAAAGUGAUGUUUCUCUUUGUAGUUUGGAAGCUCUUAGGAGUUUGUGAGAGGUCUGCUUUCCCAUUGGUGGGAGCUCUUGCUUCAGCCCACCUCCCAACUGUCCAGCUUCAGAUGACUUAGGAAUCUCUCCACAGGACCUUAAAGGGGAAAGGUGGCUUCACGGCUUCACUGAUUCCUCUUUGCAGCAACUGUGCAGAUGUUUUGGCCUAGGGCCAGGCAAAUCCAUCCUGCCCACACCCUAAUGAUCCCACCUUAAAAUGCAGCUGGGGUUGAGCUGGCUUGUUAAAACUUUUUGCAGGUUUUCCAUCUACUCACCCCUUCUGCCCUGCAUGGAAGGCAAAGGGAGCUGGGGGCAAAUCGGAGGAGAACCCUGUAUCUUUCCUGCUCCUCUUCUACAGGGAGGGCUGCAGAUGGAUGGGGAGGGGCUUCUUUCCCUUUUGCAGAGUGGGAGGCAUUUCUGCCAUUCCAGGACUGUCUCCCCUCUCUCUCUCCAUUGCUCCCCUCGCCCUCCCCCCACUGCCCCAGCCUUCAGCCUUCUGUUUCUUGUGCUGGUCUGUCUGCUCCUGCUCCUUUUUCUGCACAUCGGCUACCAUUGCAUCUUACAACCUUGAUUAGUGGGGAAAGUGUGUGGCCGCAAAACCGAAAGCCCAGGGUUUCUCAACUUCAGCGACUUUAAGAUGUGUGGACUUCCAGAGCCCCUCAGCCAGCAUGGCUGACUGGGGAAUUCUGGGAGUUGAAGUCCACACAUCUUAAAGUUGCUGAAGUUGGGAAACCCUGUGAUAGUCCGAUAUUAUGCCCUAGCUCUUGAUGAGACUUUGAAUGCAGGAGAAAUGAAAGCUUGAUAAUGAGGGAGAUCCACUCAGUUAUAAACAUCCAAGAUUUUUUUUUCUUUUGCAAACUACCAGGUGAAUGCACAC